GCCACCAACACUCCUCGCGUGAUUUUCGCUUUGGUAUGAUUUGAAGCGCUCAGCUCAACAAAGAAAUGAGCGCAUUUCUACAUAUCCACAAAGUACAGUACAGCACAGAAGAAACAUAGAAUAGCUUAGCUUAUUAGCUCAGCUCAGCUUUACGCACUAAAUGGACGGAAGCCCUAUCUUCUCUACAAUACUGUACUCGACCCUUCGCUUAAUCCCUUAGUAUAAAUAAAUGGAGCUUUCUGCAUUCCCGACGUUCAGAGCAGUUACCAAUCCUUCGAUUUUCCCUUUCUCUUCGAAACAAGUUUGUUGCCGGUGCUCUUUUUUUCUUCGUCGCCGCGACUAUGGCCUUCGCUGGAAUCGAAAUUCGAAACCGUUUGUUCGCAUCAGGUUGUGCUUGGAGAAUGCUUCGUCGUCGAACGGUUAUGGCGGAACCGAGAGCGGAGAAGCUAAACCUGAGUUCAUCGAAGUCAUCGGCAUUGGCAGUCGGAAGGACGCGGUUAUCGAUUUCUGCUUGAGAUCGCAGUUUCAGUUGUCGUCGCUGCGGUUUUGGAAUAUCUUAAUGAAAGAAUCACACGAGGCUCAAUUACAGCGUAGAUCAAGGGAAGAAGAAUUUUCUCCAACAGUUGUCAAAGCUCCAGUAUUUAUGAAGACAUGCUCAAAGACUGUUGUCCUUGUGGCUAGUGCAGGAUAUGGAUUGGACCUUACUGUUGCAGUUGAUAUUUUUGAAACUCUGAGGUCCAGAAAUGGGUUAGCAGUUGCUAUAGUUUUGAGGCCUUUUAGCUUUGAAGGGUUAAGACGACAGGAUGAGGUGAAGGAUUUGAUGGGGAAGCUUAAGGAGAGCGCGGAUUUAAUUAUAGAAAUUGAUAUUGAUGCACUGCUUCAAAAAGACUUGUUGACUCUAGAUGAGGCCAUGAAGACUGCAAAUAAUGCAGUUUUGUUGGCUAUUAAGGCCAUAUAUGUAUUAAAAUCUGAGAUGCAUAGAAAACUUGUAGAUAGAUUGCAGGAUGGUGUGACUGAAGCCAGCACUUCAGAAGUUAAUAAAAUAUUGGCAAACUAUAAAGAAGCAGGGAUUGGAUUUGGAGCUGCAUAUAACAUCAAAACCUCAAUAUUGCAGUCUACAUUAGAGUGUCCUUUCCUUGGUGUUCGUUUAAAGGAUCCAACUAGCAUUGUUAUCUGCAUUCUUGCUAGUUCAGUGCCCAUUAAUCAUAGCGAUAUAGCAGCCUUUCUGCGUACAUUCCGUCAAACUACAGCAUAUACGGGGGACAUAUUAGUAUCCACAAUCUAUGAGCCAAAUGUUGAGCCCAACUUAUGGAUAACAACUGUCCUUGCACUUGGCAGUUCAAACGUGAAACAAUCUGUCCAGAGUGUUGGUAUACUAUCCAGACUGGCCCUGCAUUUUCCUCGUCUUUUUAGCUUUUGGGGGACGCAUAAUCAGCAAGGGUUAAGACGACAGGAUGAGGUGAAGGAUUUGAUGGGGAAGCUUAAGGAGAGCGCGGAUUUAAUUAUAGAAAUUGAUAUUGAUGCACUGCUUCAAAAAGACUUGUUGACUCUAGAUGAGGCCAUGAAGACUGCAAAUAAUGCAGUUUUGUUGGCUAUUAAGGCCAUAUAUGUAUUAAAAUCUGAGAUGCAUAGAAAACUUGUAGAUAGAUUGCAGGAUGGUGUGACUGAAGCCAGCACUUCAGAAGUUAAUAAAAUAUUGGCAAACUAUAAAGAAGCAGGGAUUGGAUUUGGAGCUGCAUAUAACAUCAAAACCUCAAUAUUGCAGUCUACAUUAGAGUGUCCUUUCCUUGGUGUUCGUUUAAAGGAUCCAACUAGCAUUGUUAUCUGCAUUCUUGCUAGUUCAGUGCCCAUUAAUCAUAGCGAUAUAGCAGCCUUUCUGCGUACAUUCCGUCAAACUACAGCAUAUACGGGGGACAUAUUAGUAUCCACAAUCUAUGAGCCAAAUGUUGAGCCCAACUUAUGGAUAACAACUGUCCUUGCACUUGGCAGUUCAAACGUGAAACAAUCUGUCCAGAGUGUUGGUAUACUAUCCAGACUGGCCCUGCAUUUUCCUCGUCUUUUUAGCUUUUGGGGGACGCAUAAUCAGCAAUGGAGUCUUAUGAAAGGGAUGAGGAGCCAAAUAAGAAUGCUGCGCAUUUUGUAGAUGGCAGUUUUAAUAAUCACAAUGAACAGUUGGAGCCAAGAGUGAGCAGCAGCAGCUCCAAGUUGGCUACUUCAAGGUUUUCUGAGAAAGAAGAUAUGUUUGACUCUAUAGCCCAGAAUUCUGUCCCUUAUGACUCUAUUAUUGAAGAUGACUAUGCUUUUCAAAGGGAGCAACUUGAAAACUGGAAUCUGGGUCCUGGAUAUGAAGUGGCAAGGGAGUGGGCCCAAGAACGGGUAGCUGAUGCAACACAUAUGAUAGAUAAUCUAAGCAUAUUCCACCUUCCUGUAGGUGUGAGGCCUUCAGAAGAUUUGAAAGAUUGUUUAAAAGUCUCAUUCAUGACAGAACAGAAGGAACCGGAAUCUGUCAAUGAAGUAAAUGUAUCAACAAUAAAUGAGGGAAUCCCUUCUUGGAAUGUAGUGACUGAUGCAAGUUUGGAAGCAGUAAAGGGAUUGGCAUCUUCACUUUUGAAGGGAAAAGAUGCUAAUAAACCAAAGAAGCAUGGAGUACUAUCUGAUCGAGCUGCUUCUAUGCUGGAGGCAGAACGGGACUUGUCAAAAAAGUGGAAUCCUGUUGUGGAAAUGCAAUACAGGGGAGGAAGAUACAAGGGACGAUGCCAAGGAGGUCUUCCUGAAGGAAAGGGGCGUCUUAUUCUUGGAGAUGGAAGUAUAUAUGAUGGUUCAUGGCGCCAUGGUAAGAGAUCAGGGCCAGGUACCUUCUAUUUCAAAAACGGAGACAUGUUUCAAGGAACAUGGAGGGAUGAUGUCAUGCACGGCAAGGGUUGGUUUUAUUUUCACACUGGUGAUCGGUGGUUUGCAAACUUUUGGAAGGGAAAGGCCAAUGGUGAGGGGAGGUUCUACAGUAAGUCUGGUGAUGCCUUCUUUGGGAAUUUCAAAGAUGGUUGGCGUCAUGGCCAGUUUCUUUGCAUCGAUGCUAACGGAACUAGGUAUACUGAGAUUUGGAAACAAGGUGUUCUUUUAGACAUCAAACAGUUAUACAGAUGACCAAGCGGCAUAAAUAUGGUACCCUAAAUUCUGUUUACUGUGACUCUCGUAAUCUUGUCUCUCGGUCUUACUUUUAGGUUUUGUUCUUGUUUUAUUUUACUUAACCUAUGUUGUAUAGGUGUUAGUUGUUGGCAAUGUUAUAUGUUUUCUUUUCUCUUUAUGCUACUAUAUGUAAAGGGGAAGGGGAUGAUCAGGAGAAAUUUGGUGCACUAUUUUAUUUUUUGUUUUAAAAAUAUUUUUCAUAUAUCCAUAAAAAAAUAUUUUUUUAUUCUUAA